AUGGCAGCUCAUGUGAUCAAACUUGAUGAUGCUCAAUGUCAUGGUUUCACUAGCACUUUUUGUGUGAUAUGGAAGAAGUCCAUUUCUCCAAGGCUGGGAAUUCUCAGGUAUGUUGCUUCUUUGAAGCCAAGAAAUCUACCUAACAGCAUGUGCUCUUAUGACUGUGAAAGUGAUAGUGAACUCAACACCUCUGAUGAGAGAUCGCUGCUUCGCUUUCAUCCCCAUCAUGGACGGAAUCUCAUCCUUUGUGACAAAAGGACCAUGGCAUACAGAAAGACCAGUUUUGCGGAGGCAGUUACCUUCUCCCAUCGUGCUCUUUAUCCGGGAGAAAUCUUUUUGGUUGAGAUUGAGGGCACAGAGAGAGGAUGGAGUGGACAUCUGCGGCUUGGUCUCACCCAGUUGGACCCCAGCACAGGAUUUGCCCUCCCACAGGAUUCUCUCUCAGAACUUGGUCUCAUGGGUCACUCCUGGAUAGUGGCAGUGUCCAAUUCCCAUAUUGGGAACUUGGAUAUUCGUCCAUAUCACCAUCCAGGGUCACCAAAAGACUUCUUGCCAUUAAAAAGCUUUCCAAGGCAUCUUCUAGUCCCAACUGUAUCACAGAGUGUGUUGCCCACAGAUGUGGGUAGUCGAAUUGGUGUUUUUUACAUCCCUUCCAGUGAAGAAUUUGCAGAAAUGCAUAUUGUUGUGAAUGGUGCUGAUCAAGGAGUCCUUGAAGAUGGCAUUCCUUACAGAGAUGCCCCUCUUUUUGGUGUAGUUGAUGUGUAUGGAACAACCAAACAAGUUCGGGUUUUGCACAUCCAUUCUGUUCCUUCACUUCAGAAUGCUUGCAGAGAUGUGAUUCUUCAACGAGUGAAGUAUGCAGCAGUCUACAAGCUCCCUCUUCCAGAGAAGCUCAAAGAGUAUUUGUUGUGCCCUGUAUGA